GACUACAUAAAUAAUUAUAUUUUAUAUAUCUAGCGUUUUGUCCGAUUGAGUCUCGAUAAAACGGGUCAAAGUCCCAAAAAGAGGCGUCGGUGUUACCGAAAUAUCCAGAAACAAACAAACGGAAUCCGCUUUGAAUCUCGAUAUGGAAGGACUUUAAUACCGUUAGCUUUAGCCUGUUAGCUCGGAGUGUAUGUGUGUGUUUAUGUUCUCAACAAUAACACACUCUCAUCCACAUUUACCACAUGAAUAAGAAGAUUAUUGAUAUGAUCGACGACUGAUGCUGUUGGAAGUGAAGGAAGCUGCUGGAUCCUCCGGGAUGUAACGUUAGUGUUUGUUUAGACAGGACCGCUCAGGCAACAUUGCCGCGAUGGAGAAGACAGAGAAGAGGCCUGGAUACUUCGCCAGGCUGAAGAAGAAGCGGCAACUGAAGCAGAGCCAAUCAGAAAAGGCGGAUGCUGAGCAGAGCCAAUCAGAUUUGGAAUCCAAGACGCCAGUCAUCUGUGAGCCCGCUCCUAUUGGUCGAUCUCAGGAGAGGAAUGCAGAAAGAGGCCAACCUGACGGAUCAGAUGAAAUCAGUAAAUCGUGCAGUCAGACCAAGAAAAAGAGAAGUAAACCUCCAGGAACCGUGGAGUUCACCGUCGGAGCGAAGGACACUCUGAACAGCAUCGCUCUGAAGUUCAACGUCACUCCGAAUAAACUGGUGCAACUGAACCGUCUCUACUCGCUCAGCGUCGUACCUGGACAGAAACUGUUCGUCCCUGAGGUGGAGCACUCAGAGCGGUCCUCUGAGCAUCUCACAGCGCUGGAGCUGAAGGACAGUGAAUCGAGCUGCAGGUCCAGACGGCCCGUGCGCAGAGAGACGUCGCCGCUCUCUGAAGACGAGAGUCCAGUCAGCAUCAAAUUCCUCAAGAUGAGCUGCAAGUACUUCACUGAUGGCAUGGGAGUUGUGGGAGGAGUGAUGAUUAUAACACCCAACAACAUCAUGUUUGACCCGCACAAAUCUGACCCGCUGGUGAUCGAGAACGGCUGUGAGGAGUACGGUCUCAUCUGUCCCAUGGAGGAGGUGCUGUCUGUGGCCCUGUAUGACGACGUGUCCCGUAUGAAGCUCAAGGACGCGCUGCCGUCUGAUGAACCCCAGGAUCUCUGUCCGUUAUACAGGCCUGGCGAGUGGGAGGAGCUUCCCUCCGAACGAGAUCUGAACCCCUUUAGUCGUUACGAGGCUCUCGGCGCGCCCAACCGGCCAAUCGUGUUAGACGAUAUCGAAACGGCCGUCUCUAAGAUAUCAGAGUGCCAGAUCGCUGACAAAUUGCCGUCGGACGAAGGUUUCACCGAACUGGAGCUGCUGCAGAGCGACUCUAACACCACCUGCUCCGGCCAGGAGGGGGCGCCACUACAGGAGCAAAGAAAGACGCCAACAGACCAAUCCGUGACGUCUUAUCGCGCUGAAGAAGACGAGGACGAAGGCCUUCACAACCGUUCCACAGAUGACAACGCAGAGCUGCUACAAUCUUUUCCAAACAAGCUGGAUGAACCCACGGCACUGGUGCAUGAUGGGAAGGAAGCCACCACAGAAGUGAACGAAGAAACCAAAACAAGGGGUGAAACGUUAGUAAAUGGAGUCUCGGCAAUCGAGGCAACCGCAAGUGACCAAAAAGCAAAGGCGACCCUAGAGGACUCUGGGAAAUGUAGUAGCUCGCCCGGACCAAAUCUUGAGGAUAAUAAGGGACCAAACUCAUUUUCUGAAGCGGAGCUUCGCAGACGGGCCAGUGAGGCCGAGAUGAAGUCAUGGCUGCUAAAAAGAAUGCAGAGACCAAUCAAAGAUAUGCUGCUGUCCAACGAAGAAAAGAGCAAAGCUCCGCCCAUGUUCCUCUGCUUUAAGGUGGGGAAGCCAAUGAGGAGGUCCUUCGCCGCUGGUCGGACAUCUAGUCCCGCCCACUCGUACGUUGGCAGAGGGCGGCAACCAGAAUAUUGGUUUGCUGUGCCUCAAGAGAGAGUGGACCACCUUUACUCAUUCUUCAUCCAGUGGUCUCCAGACACUUAUGGGAAAGACGCUCAGGAGCAAGGCUUCGUGGUCGUAGAGAAAGACGAACUCACCAUGAUCGACAACUUCUACAGUGACCCGGUUCCUCGCAGCUGGGAGAUCAUCACGAUUAAUGAGGCCAAGCGACGCCAGAGCUUCAGCUUCGAGGACGAGGAACCUCUAGAUCUUCUUCCUGUGCUGAUGGACCCCAGCGCUCUUUUGGAAGACACGCACAUUGAGAAGUUGUCCACUCGUUUGCCGGCCCGUGUUCAGGGUUAUCCGUGGCGUCUGGUCUACAGUACGGUGGUACACGGAACCAGCCUGAAAACCCUGUACAGGAACCUGAUGGAGCUGGACUGCCCUGUGCUGAUGGUCAUCAAAGACAUGGACAACCAGAUAUUUGGAGCGUUUUCCACUCACCCUUUCCGACUGAGUGAGCACUAUUAUGGGACAGGAGAGACCUUCCUCUACAGCUUCUGCCCAGAGAUCAAGGUUUACCGCUGGAAGGGUGAAAACUCAUACUUUGUGAAAGGAAACACGGAUUCCCUUCAGAUCGGCGGAGGAGGGGGUCAUCUGGGCCUGUGGCUGGAUGCCGACCUUUACCACGGCACCACAUCCAAAUGCUCCACCUUCAACAACCUGCCACUAUCCUCCAAACAGGACUUCACCAUCCAAAACCUGGAGGUGUGGGCCUUCGAAUGAGCGCAUGCUAACGUACCCACGCCACGCUCACGACAUGAUUACUUGAUGUCUACUUGACGCUUUAUCCCGAACUGUACAAGGCUGUUCGUGUGAAUCCGGCCAGCAUGGUUUUACUUGGUUUCUCCUGGUCUGAGCACGGAGAGAGAAUUUCGUGGCAGCGAUGCCGCCCACAGCUAUCCCAGCAUGCAAUAUGUUCUCCUGCUGAAAUAUAACCAAUAUAUUAACACAUAUACGUGUAUGUGAAUGACGAGGACUGUGUACGAUAUUCGGGGAGCGUUCAAAGCCGAAGACGUAUUCGGUGGCCAAAUCUGUCGCUUUGAGGCCAGUCUCUCAAAUCGUAAUUUUUGUUUACAUCGUGGCGAUUUGAUGCGUUUAGUUGGUAUAUUUUCACAUUCGUAUUUUCACAAUGCCAAUAUGUCCACAAAUUGAUUUUGUUGACCAAAGCAUCUUAUUUGCCUUGUUCUCUAGUUUUUAUAUUUCGUUUUUUUCUUUUUCUAUUUGAGUGUUUUUAUAUAUAUAUAUUGGAGGUGACAUAUAGUCGUAUUCCUACGUGACGAUUGUUUUGCUGUUUUGUGAUAUUUUAGGGACCUUUUCUAGUUCGUGUGGAAGGGAAGCACUUGAAAUUAUGCCAGUAUUACUCGUGAACACUAUGGUAAUCGCACGCCUGAUUUCAUUAACCAAGUCACAUCACUUUCUAGCAAAUCAGGUUCACCACUUCACUGUGGGUUUGUGUAUGCAAUCACUGACCGAUGUCACUUCCUGUUAUGCGGUAGCACGAUUAUUACGUGAUUUAAGUGUGAACAGAUGCACGGUGCAAAGUCCGUUCUUGCGGUUGAAGGCACCCCUCUUUGGAAACGUCCACUCAUUUCACUACUAGACAGCAUCUGUGGGCAUUAACUAACCGCAUUCAUGGUCCAUUAGUGAAAAAAAAAAGUUUACAAGUGUUUCAAAGUGUCUCUGAUUUCAAACACUGUCCGGUUGUGUAUGGUAACCAGUGAAUGUCAUAUUUAUUGUGUAUUUCUGUGUUUGAAAGUGAACCAAAUAAAUGCAAUAAAU